AUGGAAGCUACGAGGAACUUGGUUUCUUCAUCUCCUUCGUUUCCGACGAAGACACAUCUCAAGAGCAGCUACUCUUCUCCUUCCUCUGUAGUGAUGAUGCUACAUGAACAAACAGCAACUCCUGUAGUUAAUUCACGUCAUCUCACCUCUCUAUCUCGACAUUUUCCGGCGUCGGUUCUCUCACAAGAGCCUCGAGAAGAGUCCAGGCCUCCUCUCUCACACGCGUUAAGAGAAGACAGAACAUCUCAGUUGACGCUGGAGAGAAGGCAGUUUGAUGAAUUGGUUUCGUCUAGAGAAGAUGAGAAGUUUGAACAGCAACUACUUCAAUCUGCUGGUUUAUGGAAUUUGUUGAUAUCUCCUUUAACAGCUGAGAAGCAAUUACCGGCAGUUGCAUCGCCUUUAGAAGAUGCAGAAACUUUUGAUGUGGUUGCACUAGCUCAGAAGGCGUUAUCAGCUUCAAAACAAGCUGCAUUGUUUGCUAAAGACUCUGAAGCUGAUCCAAGAGAUUCUCUCUCCACUAGCUCUUCCAUGUCUGUACCGGAAGUGGGAACCAUAGUUAGAUCGAAGCGGCAGCUGGAGAGACGAGCAAAGAACAGAAGAGCUCCAAAAUCAAACGAUGUGGACAAUGAGGUUCCUCAGAAAAUCAAUUCCAAGAAAAAGAUGAGACAAGGGUUUGAUACAGACGAUGCGCUCCAGCUUUUCUUGUGGGGACCUGAGACAAAACAACUUUUGACUGCUAAAGAGGAAGCUGAGCUUAUAUCACAUAUACAGCAUUUUAUAAAGUUGGAGAAAGUAAAGACUAGACUUGAAUCUCAAAACGGAUGCGAACCAACAAUAGGCGAGUGGGCUGAUGCUAUGGGGAUGAGUGGCACCGUCUUGAAAUCCGAAAUCCACCGUGGAAGAAGCAGCAGGGAAAAGCUGAUUACUGCUAACUUACGUCUGGUAGUCCAUAUCGCUAAACAGUAUCAGAAUCGUGGACUCAACUUCCAGGACUUACUGCAGGAAGGAAGCAUGGGGCUAAUGAAGAGUGUAGAGAAGUUCAAACCGCAAUCAGGCUGCAGAUUCGCUACUUACGCCUACUGGUGGAUUCGACAAUCCAUAAGGAAGUCUAUAUUUCAAAACUCAAGAACAAUCCGUUUGCCGGAGAACGUAUACAUGCUUCUGGGGAAAGUAUCCGAAGCAAGAAAAGCGUGCAUUCAGGAAGGAAUAUACAGUCCAAGUAAAGAACAAGUGGCAAGCCACGUUGGGGUAUCAACAGAGAAGCUAGAUAAACUGCUGUACAACACAAGAACACCUCUUUCAAUGCAAGCUCCCAUUUGGGCUGAUCAAGACACAACCUUUCAGGAAAUAACACCGGACACUGGGAUUGAGACGCCGGCGUUGAGCGUGGGGAAGCAGUUGAUGAGGAACCAUGUACGGAAUCUCCUCAAUGUGCUGAGUCCCAAGGAGAGAAGGAUCAUCAAGCUGAGAUUUGGGAUUGAUGGAGGGAAACAGAGAUCGUUGUCGGAGAUAGGAGAGAUUUACGGACUGUCGAAGGAGAGGGUGAGGCAGCUAGAGAGCAGGGCAUUGUACAGGCUUAAGCAGAACAUGAAUAGCCAUGGACUCAAUGCUUAUGCUGAUAUGCUUGUCUAG